AUGUUUCGACAAAGAACGAGCUCACAGAAGCCAGGCGAUGACUUGCUGGCCAAUUUUAGACAACAGUUCCCUGAAGUCGCAGCAGUAACAUCGGAAGGGGCCGCUCAAUCAGUAGCCCAGACAACAACCACGUCCGAUAACCCUACCAUCAACCUUCGUCCUCAAGACCAAAGAAUCUUAAGCGUGGACAACGAUUCAUUUCGAGACCAAGACCCAACGCCCAGGGCUUCUCAUGAGCCGUGGAGAUUUACACCGUCGCUUUUGGACCCGAACUCGUAUGCCUUCAAUGCAUUCGCCAAUGCUCAGCCAGGGUAUUACACGCCAACACCGGAUGGAAACAACACCCUUUUCCACCCCCAGGCUGGUGAUUUGCACACCCCAACGCUGGGGGUCGGAGGAAUCGGCACCCCACUCUCUCUCCCAAACUCUGGAGAAUCACUUCACUCUGGCGCAGUUGCCAUCGACAUGUCCGGCUUCCAGGCUCUGCAGCCGCAUCAGUUCCACCAUUUCAACCCGUUUAUCCAAGGUCCACCACCCCAACAGGCGUUUGCGCCGACUUCAUUCGUGCAUCAGGAUACCGGUUAUGAAACAAUGGAACAGGAUGGGCCUGUCCUGGAGGCCCACCCUCCAAAGCAUCGGGUGUCCUCGAUGGUGCCCACGGCGUUGCAGCCGCAGAAAACUACCAGCCGCAUGCCCGUGAGCCACGCCUUGCCCCCGGACGCGGAAAAGUUUCGCUUUCAUUCGACGUUGAACGCUCCCACAGCCAUGAUAAAGCAGCCAGAUGAAAUCCCAAUCACCUAUCUCAACAAGGGUCAGGCGUAUUCUCUCUCUGUCGUGGACAGGAAUGCGGUCAUGCCGCUAUCGCCUGGUACGAGAUACCGAACCUUUGUCCGCGUGUCGUUCGAGGAUGAAGAGCAGAGGCACAAAUCAAGCUUAUGCUGGGGAUUGUGGAAAGAAGGCAGGGGCACCAACGAGGCUCACCAACGAGGCGGCAAACUGCAAGCGGUCGAGUACGUUGAAGCUAGCCCACCCGCCGAUGCAGACGACAAGCGGCCGAGCAUCGAGCUCGAGAGCUCGUCCUUUGACGGAUUUUGCGUGACUUGGACCCCCGGAGCCGACGCGCUACCAGAGGUCAGCAUUGCCGUGAGAUUCAACUUCUUGUCGACGGAUUUUAGUCAUUCGAAAGGGGUGAAGGGAAUUCCUGUACGACUCUGCGCAAAGACGAGCCUCGCUGCCGCCGACGGCUCCCCCAAAGGCGACGAAGCAAGCCCCGAAGUUUGCUUUUGCAAAGUCAAGCUGUUUCGAGACCACGGCGCCGAAAGAAAGCUGUCCAAUGACAUUGCUCACGUGAAGAAGUCCAUCGACAAGCUCAAGCAGCAGCUUGCACAAGUAGAGAGCGGGAUGAAGGAUGUGGGGAAACGCAAGAGACUGGGCAGCGCUGCCAAGGUGAGCGAAUCUCAACGGCCCGGCAAGGUUCAGAAGCACAAGCGGACGUGGUCAAUGUCGUCGGCGAGCUCGGCCGGAUGCGGCGCCAGUCCGAUGACGCUGGAAGAAGACUUGCAGAUGAAGUUGCAAGCUCUCCAGGACAUGUUCACCAGCCCCAGGCCAGUCAGCAUCCUGUACCUGAGGGGCGAGGACUUGGACGACCCAGACCUGCACCCAGUCUCUCUCCCCGGAGACAUGUCACCCCCGAACAAGCGGGAUGUCCGCGACGGGCCCAACUGGCAAGCCCGCAGCGCCAAGUCGUCGGUCACGGGGUCCAUGAUCUCACCGUCGCCCAGCUCUCUUUCCCUCGCUUCCCAGGCGUCGAGCGCGUGGCAAAACACGGACAAGUCAACGACGGGCAAGGCGCUGGAGCAGCUGUCGAGAGUCAACCGCACCGAUGAAACGGGGACGUUGAGCGGAUGGAUCGAGGCCCUGGGGGUGGAUUCAUCGUACCGCCCACCCUCGGAAGCGGCGGAGAAGCCCGUGGCUUGCUUCUACGUGCAAUAUCUCGGCAAGUCGGAGCAGGAAAGACCGUCGUACCACCGAGCCGUCUAUCUGUCCAAGCGAACGCUGGAAGAGUUCAAUGGACGAGUGGCCAGCAAGUGGGGCAUUGACCCGGCCAAAGUCUUUCGGUCCAUACAUGUGGUUGAGGGAGGGCUAGAGGUCGAAAUGGAUGACGACGUCGUCGGAGAGCUCCGGGAAGGUCAAGAUAUGAGGCUGGAGGUUGAGGAGGCGGUCGAGCAGCCUGCUCCUACGAAGCGCGAAUGGGAAAUGGCGCUCGACGAGAGCGGAAGGGACAGUGACGGUGACGGCAGCGCGCCCCCGGCGAGGGGUUUCGUGCUCCGAUUCUCCUUUUAA